GCCAAAUCGACCCGCAUAUGCGCGCUGGUAGAUCCUACAGUUCAUUGAAAAUGACGCCUCACCCGGUCUCUGGAGCUUGACGACCCUCACGACUGUGAACCUCGAGUGCUUGCAUUUUGCACAGGCCUGCUUGUUGACUUUUUUUCCUUUUCGCUUUCUCUUCCCUGCCUUCCUCCCUUUCUCCCCUCUAUAUGAUGAUGACCAUGCAGUACGAUCGUUAUCAGUCACCUACCGUAGAUCGGGUUGUUGAUGAUAAAUUGCCAUGCGACACGAGGCGAGAAUUGGAGAAGCACAUUGUCUUGAGUGAUGCAUCACAAACGACGAGGCUAGGAUCAAAAACGCGUAUCCUACGAGCUUCCGAUGUUCUGCUAUCCUUAGCGGGCAGAUCGACGAGCGAUACGCAGGAACCAUCGGUUGCCGUUGAAAACUUCCAGGAAGUGCUUCGCUUGUAUCCACCGUUCCGAGAUGACGACGGUGCUAUUCUUGGGGCGGUCGAUAUCCGAUGCCCGGACUGUGAUGCGGUCUUUUCCUCCCAGAAGGAAUUGAAGCAGCAUUACCUGACCAAGUACUGUCCUGGGACGGCGGUUGCUGUAUAUGUGAUGACACGAGAUCGGUAGGUCAUUCAAUCGCUUUCCGCACCUCUGCUAAUUGCUU